CCGUCCGCCUCCCUCCCUCCCUCCGCUGCUGCAGCCAAGCCAACCUUGCCCUUGCUCUCUCCUCUCGCUGCGAACCAAAACCCCAGAAUUCUCCGCGUCGAUCUCGCCGUCGGGCGCCGGCUCGCCGCGUCAGGCGCCGUGGGGGGAUCGCAUGUGGGGUGCAUUGGAGCGGAUAGACGUAUCCAUUUUGGGGAUUUUUUUUGAUUAAUCCUUAUUUUCUCCGGCCGAGCCUCGAGCGCAGCACGAUAUGCUGCCUCGACCUGCAAGCCCCUCUGGAGAUGUUGUUAGAACUGCAAAAAGGAGGCUUCGACGCACGGUUGGGCGGUCAACAGAAAAGAAGAACCCUCAGAACAUGGAGUUUGAACGUCGAGUAGCUGCGCUUGAAUACAGGCAGGAAGAACAGAGGAAGAGAGCCUAUAAUAAUCUUCGUUUAUACUUGACGAUGUCUCCUGUAUCAUCUCAUUUUGUGGAAAAUGGAGAUGACCAAGUUUUAACCAACUCUACAUCACUGUUAGAUGGACUUGAGGCAUCUGCAUCAUCGUCAUUGAUCGUUGUUCACUUCGUUCCAGAGGAGUCUUUGAGAAGAUGUUUAAUUAACUCAUCAAGGGCAUUGCUAGAGGACUCCCAAAAAUCAGAUAAAGCCCCUGAUGAUGAUUUCUCCGUCAAUACCUUCAGCAAUGCAAGUGUGGACGUGAAGCGAACUACAAGAAAGAAAGGCAAAAAGAAAAACAAGAGGCACAAAAGAGGGCAUGGUAAAAAAGUAUCUGAGUCAUCUGAUAUACAGUCUACUCAAAGCAAGGGUGCUUCUCAUUGCAUUGAUGUUGCUACUGGUGAAUCCUUGACACUUCCAUCCAACCAUGUGGCUGACAAAUUGUUUGGGGAUUUGUCCUCUGAUUCUUCAGUGAGAGAAGUUUCUGCAGAGAGACCUGAUAGUGAAACUGGUAACGAUGGCUCUUCUGUAACUUCGAUACCAAGUACAUCUUGUACUGAUGAGAGAGAAUCAUCUAGGGAAGCUUGUUAUUUUGAAUGUUGUGAGCAAUCUAGCAGCAAUAACUCCAGAUGUUUGGACACUGCCUCCACUUCCACUUUAACUGAUUCAUCGUUGGAUGGCCAUUGCACAGAUAGCAGUUGGAACUUCAGUGAUGAUACUGAAAACUUGUUGAUUGACAAAAAUGAGUGUCCAUGUAUCCAGUCAAAACCGACGGAUUUCAGGGGUUUUAAAUGUGGUGGCCAUGAAGGUUGGCUAAACAAGUCAAAUCAUGACAAAAACUCCUGUUUCAGAAACAGUACUGGUGGUUGCGAUGGUACCCAAGAAAUGCAAUUAUGCAGUAAUUCUGGUAGUGAUGGUGAUUUCCUCCCAGUAAUGUCUAGAAAAAGAGCCCGGAAAAACAGAAAGAUGCAUCUUUUCGGGAGCUGUAAUGUUGAACAUAUUUGUGGUGUGGAGCAUGGUCAAAGUGGAAGCCACUCCAAUUGUUCUUCUAUACCAAGUAAUGUUUGUACACAAGUUGCAUCAAAAGGUUCCACUAAGGAUUUCAUUCACCCAAUUAAAGCUCGCACAUGGACUCCACAUGUUGUUACACUAAAUGAUUACAUGAUAGGAGCAAAUAUGAAUCACCUCUUGGAUCCAAAACAAAACCGUAGGGGAAAACCACAGAAGUACUCUCUGAGUGAAGUGGCAAACAAUGGUUUUAUUGAAGAGAAAGAUGCCUGUACAGCUAAAAUGCUUCCUGGAAUUAUGCGCUCAACAGAAACAAAUGUUGGUCAGAUGGCGUCAAGUUCAACUUCUGAUGUGAUAGUCCAAGAGAUUACUGAGGAAACAUGUUCGCCAAUAGGUCCUCCUUUUCAGAAAGGAGGGCUGCAUGUUUUGCUUCGAGAUGACAAUGUUGCUGUUGGCACAGAUUCCCAUGAUGCUUUGAAUCAUGUUUCUUCUGUUGAUCUUAAAGAACAAAAAAAAGUAGAUAAUGCUGUAUCGAGCAAACCUCACGGCAUGGAAGGUGAUCUACAAGCACAAGAGGCAAGUUCAGAGUUCCCUGAAUGCACCACAGAUUACCUGGAAAUUUCCAGUCCUACUGAUGGUCGUUCAGAGGUUGACUGUCAUAGUAUAUCAGCUUUUGAAGGGCACUGUACUUUGAACCAGGAAAGAUUUGUUAGCUCUAAAUUGCAAUCAGGUGAGAUAAUCAAAGCUGCAAAUGAUGCCUGCAAAGUGCAAGUUGCAUCAGAUGUUCACUUGAUUUCUGGUCAUCCACUUGCCGAUUUUGAGAUUUUUUUAUAUUAUGCAACUCCAGUCAUUGCUAAGACAUCUUGCAUGAAAAGUGGCAAUUAUUCGCAGGAUCAGAUAGUUGGCAGCUCAACAUGUCAAUAUCAGAUAUCAAAUGUCUCCUUGAGGAAUGUGUGGGAAUGGUAUGAGGAACCUGGAUCAUAUGGAUUAGAAGUAGAGAUCCAUCAAAGUCUCAGCCCUACAAAACCAUCUUGUGGUGUCUCAGAGUUCUGUGCUUACUUUUUGCCAUCUCUAUCUGCUAUUCAACUGUUUGAACCACCCAAGAAUAACUUGCACCAUAAGUUUGACAGCGAUGGUGAAGAUCUCCUAUUAUCCCCACCAAAUAGUUUGUGUUUACCAAAACCUUCUUUAUCUGUACAAGACCAUGGGGAACUCGUAUUUGAAUACUUUGAAUCAGAGCAUCCUUCUUCUCGUCCUCCACUUUUUGAGAAGAUCAAACAGCUUAUCAGUGGUGAAAAUCUCUCUACUUACCAAAUAUUUGGGGAUCCUAAGAUGCUGGAAAAUCUUAAAUUGUGUGAUCUUCACCCUGCUUCCUGGUUUUGUGUUGCGUGGUAUCCUAUUUGUCGAAUACCUCGAGGAAGCUGCCGUGCUGCAUUCCUGACCUACCACUCCCUGAGCGAAGUAGUUCCCCGAAUUCGCUCUCCAUAUAAGGCUCAUGUGCCCACUCAUUUGGUUUCUCCGGUUGUUGGUUUCUUGAGUUACAACGACAAGGGAGAACAUUGGCUUCAACUGAGAGAUCCAGAGAUCAAGCCAAUGUCAUUAGACGAUGCCACCAAAAUCAAUCGUGCUGAAGUCCUGAAAGAGAGACUGAAGACAUUAAGACAUGGUGCAUCAGUUAUGUCAACCAUGGUGAUACCCAAGGCUAAUGGGGAGGAGUCUAUGAACCGUCAUCCAGACUAUGAAUUCUUCCUGUCUCGAUCCAACUGAAUGGUUGCAUGAUGUCCACAGCAUUGAAAAUACCGUGUUCCCUUCGUAGUCCCAGAAGCACUCUAUGGUAGUGCCUGCACUCUAUGGGUCCUAGAAACCAGAAGCACCUCCAUAGUCCCAACAUCCAUAGUCAUCAUAUCAGUGCUGGAAGUUGAGCAUUAGCUCUUUAUGGUAGUAGACUAAAAGACUAGUAGCAGAACAACCGAAAGGCUUUCCUUUUUCCCGAAAGAGCGACUCAGAUCCGUGGGUUGUCGAUUUCAGAUGUUUUAAGUAAUCCUUAAGACUUAAGAGCGUUGCUUCUGGGUACCUGCA